AUGUAUACACUAGCCCGUUUUAAAAACUGGGUGUCCACCAGAAGAGGCGUACAUGCACCCAACGUUGAUAAAUUACAUGUAGCCGUUUUGGCAUUUCCAUUUGGCACACAUGCAGCUCCACUCCUUAGCCUCGUACGAAGAAUUGCAGGAGAGGCUCCUAAUAUCACAUUUUCAUUCUUGAGCACAAGAAAAUUAAAUGCUACCUUAUUUAGUGGGCCAUAUGACGAGUUUAUUCCUAACAUAAAGCAUUAUAGUGUACAUGAUGGGUUACCAGAAGGAUAUGUGCCAUCAGGGAACCCACAGGAACCCGUUUUUAUGUUUAUUAAUGCAAUGCCAGAGAUGUAUAAGCGUGCCAUGGAUGAGGCUGUGGCAGAUACAGGGAAGAAUAUAACUUGUUUGGUUACGGAUGCUUUUUAUUGGUUUGCUGCAGAUCUUGCUCAAAAAAUGCAUGCCAAAUGGGUUCCUCUAUGGACUGCAGGACCUCAUUCUCUCCUUACACAUGUUUACACCGAUCUUAUAAGAGAAAGGAUAGGCGGUACAAAUGUCCGUGAUGCCCAAAAAGUGGACUUCCUUCCUGGUUUUCCAGAGCUAAAGGCUUGUGAUUUGCCUGAAGGGGUAAUAGAUGAUACAGAUGGACCAUUUGCAACAAUGUUACACAAAAUGGGACUAGAGUUACCACGAGCAACUGCAAUCGCCAUAAACUCAUUCGAAACAGUACACACUCGUAUUGAAAAUGAGGUAGGUUCCAAUUUCAAAUUACUACUAAACGUUGGUCCAUUCAUAUUGACAACACCACAAAAUCUAAUUUCGGAUGAACACGGGUGCUUAGAAUGGCUGAACAAACACGAGAAUGCCUCAGUAGUUUAUAUUAGCUUUGGAAGUUCCGUAACGCCCCCACCUCAUGAGCUCGCUGCAUUGGCAGAGUCCUUAGAAGAAUGUGGAUUUCCAUUCAUUUGGGCCUUAAGGGGUGAUCCAAAGGAAAAAUUGCCAGAAGGGUUUACAGAAAGAACAAGGACACAAGGAAAAAUUGUUGCAUGGGCUCCUCAAAUGGAAAUCCUUAAACACUCUGCAAUUGGUGUUUGUUUGACACAUUCUGGUUGGAAUUCAGUGUUGGAUUGCAUUGUUGGUGGUGUACCAAUUAUUAGUAGACCUUUUUUUGGAGAUCAAAGGUUGAAUUCACGGAUGCUAGAAAGUAUUUGGGAUAUUGGUGUGGGUGUUGACCAUGGAGUUUUGACUAAAGAAUCAACUGUCAAUGCUUUGAAAUUAAUCAUGUCUAGUGAGAAAGGGAUGGUAAUGCGUCAAAACGUUGCAAAACUCCAGGAGUCUGCAUUGCAAGCUGUUGAACAAAACGGUUCUUCAGCAAAGAAUUUUCUUACUUUGAUACAAAUUGUCACUAGUUGACGAUUUCAUUCUUAAUUAACAAUGACAUAGUUAAUGUGAUUGGGUCUCAGUCUCAAUUUGAGAGGGGCUGUGGUUUAAUUGCAUUGUUGUAAUCACAUGUAGUUUAACAUGUUCAUAUAUUAUUUGAUGACAUUGUUAAAUUAAAGAUAAUCUAUUUCUGUCU